GGUUGUGUAUUUUCUUGGAUAUUAGUUGCGCGUGUGGGGCCUUUCUUUAACUGUCGUUCUUGUAUAUUUUUUGUGAUGAAAACGACAAGGAAAUAGAUAUACGGAUCCACUUUCUUCGGUAUUAAUUUCAAUGUUCCUAGUCAACCUUCUGUGUUAAUUGUAUACAGAGCCUCUUUAUAGUUUCUUCCUCAAGAUAGCUCCCUUUAGAGAUCUGUAAUACUGAUCCUCUUUCCAUCAUACUCGCUAAUGGAUUCUUCUUUUUUCCUCACCACUGUUGCUGCUGCAAUAGGACUCUUAACUCUUCUGAGAAAACUUCGUUUACAUCAAGAAGGAAACAGAGAAAAGGAUCCUUCUUCUUCAUCACCCUCGUCUACUUUGUCUCCUUCAAUAGUUCCUCCACCUUCAUCUUCUCGCAUCUGGACGCAUGAUGUCUUUCCAAGCUUCCGUGGGGAAGAUGUCCGCAGAAACUUUCUUAGUCACAUUCAGAUGGAGUUCGAAAGAAAAGGAAUCACUCCGUUCAUUGAUAAUGAAAUCAAAAGAGGAGAAUCUAUCGGUCCCGAGCUCAUAAGGACGAUCAGAGGAUCUAAGAUCGCAAUUAUCUUGCUCUCUAGGAACUAUGCCUCCUCAAAAUGGUGUCUUGAUGAAUUGGUUGAGAUUAUGAAGUGCAGAGAAGAGUUGGGUCAAACUGUGAUGGCUGUUUUCUAUGAAGUGGAUCCUUCUGAUGUGAAAAAUCUAGCAGCAGAUUUUGGGAGAGUCUUUAGAAAAACUUGUGCUGGUGAAACGAAGGAAAACAUUGGGAGAUGGAGACAAGCUUUGGCAAAAGUGGCCACAGUAGCUGGUUAUCAUUCAAGCAACUGGGAUAAUGAAGCGGCCAUGAUCAAGAAAAUCGCCACUGAUAUUUCGAACAUUCUGAAUAAUUUCACACCAUCAAGUGAUUUCAAUGGGUUAGUUGGGAUGGGAGCCCAUUUGAAAAAGAUGGAACCAUUGUUAUGCCUAGGAUCAGAUGAAGUGAGGAUGAUUGGGAUUUGGGGUCCUCCUGGGAUUGGGAAGACCACAAUCGCUAGAGUAGCAUAUAACCAACUCUCCAACAGUUUUCAACUGAGUGUAUUUAUGGAUGAUAUCAAAGCAAACUCUUCAAGACUGUGUUCCGAUGACUACAGCGUAAAGUUGCAAUUACAGCAACAGUUUAUGUCACAAAUAACCGAUCAUAAGGAUAUGGUUGUAUCUCAUUUGGGAGUUGCCUCAAAUAGGUUGAAGGACAAGAAAGUUCUUGUUGUUCUUGAUGGCGUGGACCGGUCAAUACAACUAGAUGCGAUGGCGAAAGAGACUUGGUGGUUUGGUCCCGGAAGUCGGAUUAUAAUCACAACACAAGAUCAGAAACUUCUUAGAGCACAUGGAAUUAACCAUAUUUACAAAGUGGAUUUUCCAACAAAUGAUGAGGCUCUUCAAAUCUUUUGUAUGCAUUCUUUUGGUCAAAAGUCCCCUAAAGAUGGUUUUGAGGAGCUUGCUCGGGAAGUUACACAACUUUCUGGUGAACUCCCUUUGGGGCUAAGGGUUAUGGGUUCCUACUUCCGGGGAAUGUCUAAGCAAGAGUGGAUAAAUGUGCUACCAAGAUUAAGGACUAGUCUUUAUGCUGAUAUUCGAAGCAUUUUGAAGUUCAGCUAUGAUGCUUUAGAUGAUGAAGAUAAAUAUUUAUUUCUUCAUAUAGCCUGCUUCUUCAGCUAUGAAGAGAUUCACAAAGUGGAAGAGUAUCUUGCAAAAAAGUUCGUGGAAGUGAGGCAAAGACUUAACGUCUUAGCUGAGAGAUCUCUCAUAUCUAUCGACUGGGGAGUUAUAAAGAUGCAUAGUUUGCUCGAAAAACUAGGUAGAGAAAUUGUUUAUAAACAAUCUAUUCAUGAUCCUGGACAGCGCGAGUUUCUAUACGACUGUAGAGAGAUUUGUGAAUUGCUGACUGGUGACGCAACAGGUAGUAAAAGUGUCAUAGGGAUAAAGCUGGACUACUACAAAAUAGAGGAAGAAUUAUAUGUAAGUGAGAAAGCCUUUGACGGAAUGUCAAAUCUCCAAUUCUUACAAGUCAAUGGUUAUGGCGCUCCAUUGCAAUUAACCCGAGGUCUGAACUAUUUGUCUCAUAAACUUCGAUUACUACAUUGGAGUCAUUUUCCAAUGUCAUGUUUUCCUUGCAAUGUAAACUUGGAAUUCCUUGUCGAACUAAUCAUGAUUGGCAGCAAGCUUGAGAAGUUGUGGGAAGGAAUUAAACCGCUUCGAAGUCUCAAGUGGAUGGAUUUGAGUGAUUCUGUAAACUUGAAGGAGCUUCCUAAUCUCUCAACUGCCACUAACCUUGAGAAAUUGUAUUUACGUAAUUGCUGGAGUCUAAUCAAACUCCCUUGCUUGCCUGGAAAAAGUAUGGAGGAACUAGAUAUAGGUGGAUGCUCAAGUCUUGUGCAGUUUCCCUCCUUUACUGGGAAUGCCGUUAAUCUCCUCAAAUUGAAUCUUGUCAGUUUCCCAAAUUUGGUGGAGCUCCCUUCAUAUGUUGGGAAUGCCACCAACCUGGAGAAUUUAAAUCUUAGUAACUGCUCGCAUCUGGUGGAACUUCCUCUCUCGUUUGGAAACCUGCAGAAGUUGCAGACACUGAUAUUAAAAGGAUGCAGUAAGCUAGAGAAUUUUCCCAACAACAUCACCUUGGAAUUUUUGAAUGAUCUUGAUCUCGCUGGAUGUUCAACUCUUGAUCUCAGUGGAUUCUCCACUAUCGUAAAUGUCGUCAAUCUUCAGACAUUGAAUUUAAGCAGUCUACCACAAUUGUUGGAGGUACCUUCCUUCGUUGGGAAUGCCACUAAUCUAGAGGACUUGAUACUUAGUAAUUGCUCAAAUCUGGUGGAACUUCCUCUUUUCAUUGGAAACCUUCAGAAGUUGAAAAGGCUGAGAUUAGAAGGAUGCAGUAAGCUAGAGAUUCUUCCCACCAACAUCAACUUGGAAUCUUUGUUUGAACUUAAUCUCAAUGAUUGCUCCAUGUUAAAGUGUUUUCCUGAGAUCUCCACAAACAUUAGAAAUCUCUACCUCAUAGGAACUGCAAUAGAACAAGUGCCUCCCUCGAUCAGUUCAUGGUCUCAUCUUGAUGAGUUGAAGAUGUCAUACUUUGAAAACCUCAAGGAAUUCCCUCAUGCUCUUGAAAGAAUCACAUGCAUGUGCUUGACUGACACAGAGAUACAAGAGCUUCCUCCAUGGGUCAAGAAAAUCUCUCGUCUGAGUGUAUUCGUGCUCAAGGGAUGCCGAAAGUUGGUAACACUCCCAGCCAUUUCGGAGUCCAUCCGUUACAUGGAUGCAAGUGACUGCAAGUCCCUGGAGAUACUAGAGUGCUCCUUUCACAAUCCACAGGCUUGGCUCCACCUUGCCAACUGCUUCAAACUGAAUCAAGAAGCGAGAAACCUCAUCAUCCAGAAUAGUUGUAGAUAUGCAGUCUUACCAGGUGGACAAGUGCCUCCACACUUCACUCACCGAGCUACUGGUGGAGGUCCAUUGACAAUCAAGUUGAACGAAAAGCCUCUUCCAAAGUACAUGAUAUUUAAAGCUUGCAUCUUGCUGGUUUAUAAAGUUGACCAUGACGCUUGCUCUGAAGUGAACUCGAUGGAAGUGGAUGUCAUAUAUCAAAAUAGCAAUAAAAAGCUGUAUCCGGCUUUAGCAGAGCAUCUGUACAUAUUUCGAGUCGAAGCGGAGGUUACUUCCAGCGAGCUUUUCUUUGAGUUCAAGCUGAAAAGGGAUGAUGUUUGGAAGAUAGGAGAAUGUGGGCUAGUCCGAGACGUUGAGGUCCCUUCAUGUUGAUGAGAAUUUGAGAGGUGGGGUAGCCAUGCGGAUUUGAAACAUAUAAAGUUAUUGGGUCUCUGUUUUUUGUUUUCUAGUGUAUUUCUCUGUGUUUUUACUCAACUAUAUAUAUAUGUACCUGGAACUCUAAUGUGGCUGAGGAGAUCAAUGUCACGCAUGUGUUGACGGAUAUAACAAUUGAAGAGCCGGAUCCCAGAGGAUCAGCCGAGAUGAAAAGAAUGGUAACGCUAUAUGUAGAGCCUUUGGUACACUUAUAAGUAACACUUAGUGCUGAUUGCUGAAUAGGCUUGUUACUGUCUGUCAUGUUGCAGUUUGUUAGAGCGAUGUGCACAUUUUUGUUAACUCAUAUAUCUUAAUCUUUUUUUUUCUUACCGUUGAA